AUGCCUCUAAAACUUCUAUCUGAUGAACAAAUGCGACGUAUUUUGGAAGAUAGUGAUGGCGAAGACGAAUUCUCGCGCCAACUAGAAGAUUUGGACUCACACGAUGAAGACGAUUUAGAAUCAGGUACAUACGUAUAUAAUGCACAAGAUAUCCCUAUGCUUUCGGUGGACGAGGAUCUGAUUAGUAUUCAACAAUUUAUUGAUAUUACUAAUACACCGAAUGUAAACGCCGCUAUUGCACAAUCGGGUAACAUAACCGCUUCUGCUUCUGAUAAUGACGAGCUUGAAUGCCACCCUGCUAGGUCUCUUUCUCAGCCGAAUGAAGUAAAUGCUGGUAGUUCUGGUUUGCCUGCUGAUGCUUUACAAAUGUCUGCUGCUGAUGAUUUGCAUAUGUCUCCUGCUGAUUCCAUUUUUUCUACUCCACAUAUCCCCCAACUUAGUACUGAAUGGCAGAGUGAGAUAAGGAGUUUGCCACGGCAAGUUUUUACUGGUUAUGAUGAAGGCAAACGCCAGGAACGGUUAUUUUCUGAUCAAUCUGACUUAUGGACGAUUUUCACCCACAUUUUCGAUGAAGACAUAAUUGAAUUUAUGGUAGUCGAAACCAAUAGAUAUGCUUUGCAAACCACAGUGAAUGAUUUGAGGCCCAACAGUCGUCUAAGGAGAUGGAAACCAAUAACAGGAGAUGAAAUGAGAAAGUUUUUAGGUGUUUAUUUACUGACGGGAGUCAUCAAUUUUCCAAUGCUCGAAAACUACUGGAAAAAGGACAAAUUAUACUAUCAUCCACUUCUUCACGAGAUAAAUAUGUCCUACAAUAAAUUCGCGCUGAUAUUAAAAUGCUGGCAUUUUGUAGAUAACGAAGCCCCACGUAAUGAAGGCGACCGUUUAUAUAAAAUACAGCCACUCAUCGACAAACUAACAAAAAACUGGCGAAAAAUAUUUACCCCCGGAGAACGUAUAGUAGUCGACGAGUCGAUGGUUGGUUUUAGGGGAAGAAUUAAAUUUCGAACUUACAACCCACAGAAAUCUCAUAAGUACGGCAUAAAAAUUUAUAAAUUAUGUACUGAUAGUGGUUAUACCUGGAGUUACCGCGUUUAUUCUGGUCAAGACGACCAAAUAACUGGAUUAGAUAAACCGGGGUCAGUUGUUGUUAGUUUGUGCACAGAUUUGCUUAAAGAAGGAAGAAUCAUGAUAACGGACAAUUACUACACUAGCAUACCUUUGGCAAGGUACCUAAAAGAACAAGGUACUGAUUUGUGUGGAACAAUACGCAAAAACCGUCGAGAACUGCCCCAAGAAGUGGUUCAGCAACGUUUAGAAAAAGGUCAAAUUUCUGUGCAGCAGAACAACUUUGCGACCAUCCUAAAAUGGCAUGAUAAACGGGAUGUGCUUAUGUUGUCGACGUGUCACAACCACGAAAUGCAAAUGAUGUAA